GCUGCGGCUCGCCAUCAUGACCUGCUGCGAUCAGCGGUGCGCACUCAUCACCGGGGCCGUGCUGGGCGCCCUGAUCGCCUUGCUUGGCGGAAUCCUCAUCCCGGUGGGCGACAUGAUAAUUAAAAACACCGUCCAUAAGGAAACAGUGCUGGAAAAUGGGACUUUAGCAUUUGACACCUGGACAUCUGUAGACAUAGCGAUGUACAGGCAGUUCUGGAUUUUUAAUGUGGAGAAUCCCGAUAAGGUUUUAAGUGAAGGGUCCAAACCUGUGUUGGUGCAGAAAGGACCAUACACAUACAGGGUACGUUACAUCCCCAAAACAAAUAUCACCUUCAAUGACAACAACACUGUGUCCUUUGUGCUGCCGGCAGGAGCCACCUUUGAGCCUAGCAUGUCAGUAGGAUCCGAGGAGGAUGUGUUCACAUCGCUCAACCUUGCUGUCGCAGGUGUUUACCGUUUGAUUGGUCCUAAACUGGCAGAUUGGCUUAUCCGAAGCUCCGGUUCCUCACUCUUCCAGAACAGGACUGUUAAGGAAUUAUUGUGGGGCUACAAAGACCCAAUGUUGAACAGCUUGGUUGGAGCUUUUUAUCCAUAUAAUGGCACCGUAGAUGGACCCUACACUGUUUUCACAGGCAAAGAUGACAUUAAUAAAGUAGCCAUUAUUGAACGCUGGCAAGGUGAAACAUCAGUUAAUUACUGGAACGACUCUUAUUGUGACAAGAUAAAUGGAUCAGAUGGUUCCUCUUUCCACCCGUUCCUGGACAAGAAGGAACCUCUAUACUUCUUUUCUCCUGAUAUCUGCAGGUCAAUAUCUGCUGAAUAUGAGGCCACUGUGAACCUGAAGGGAAUUGAUGUGUAUCGGUACUUGCUGCCUGUUGAUGCUCUGGCUUCUCCAGUUUCCAACCCUGAUAACAUGUGCUACUGUACAGACCAUGAAAUCACAAGAAACUGUACCUUAGCUGGUCUUCUUGACAUUACUUCCUGUAAAGGAACCCCAGUCUUCAUCUCUCUGCCUCACUUCCUCUAUGCCAGUAUUGAGCUCCAGCAGGGGGUGGUCGGAAUGAACCCCAACUUAGAUGAACACUCCAUAUUUCUGGAUGUAGAACCGAUUACAGGUUUCACUCUGAGAUUUUCAAAAAGGCUUCAGGUCAACAUGAUGUACGGCCCAUCCGACGAUAUUGCACUUUUGAACAAAAUCAAGGAGCACACAAUUAUACCUAUUUUAUGGUUGAAUGAGACGGCCGUUCUGGACGAUGAGACGGCCAAAAUGUUCAAGAAUGAGCUGAUUUCCCGGAUGGACAUGCUGGAGGGCUUACAGAUCGGACUUUUAGUAACUGGUUCGGCAAUAUUUCUGGGCUGUAUGAUCGGUUUGAUUGUGGUGUGCUCGAAACCGUCAAAAACGAAUCUUUCUUAGGUUAAAUAAAGGGAGGGAUUCUUGUUGCUGAGUGGGAAUUGUAUAGUGUAACUGUAAUCUGAUCUCAGAAUAUGGCAAUUCUAUUUAUAUAUAAUUUAUAGACUCUGCAGUUUUUUGUGGAGAACAAUGAUUUCUUUGUGUAUUUGCUUGAUAUUGUAUCAAGUCAUACUUUAAACGGUUAUCAGGGCAAAUAUUCUGCCAUUUUGUGGUCUUACUGUGGUUAAUUUCAAAAUGAAAUAGUUUUGUAUGUCCGCACAAUUUCAGUAAAACAAAGAACUGUGAAA